AUGAUAGCGGAUGACGUCCCCGAAUCUCCCAAGCCUCAAACAUCACUUUCGGAUGUAACAGAAAUCCAACAUGAAGGAGGUAAAACGACACCGAAUUCAAUUAUGGAAUGUUCGCAGAAUACUACAAUCACUUCUGGGGGUAAUGGACAAAAAAUUCUAAAACUUAUCCACCCUGAGAAAGAUAAAACCGACGAAAAUUCCUGUUUCAUUCCCGUCAAUGAAGUUGAGUUCGGUAUGGUUUAA